AUGAUGGACGAAAGCUUGCCCCUUUUCACCGGAACCGAAAGAGACUACCUCGGAAACAGCGUCCGCAUGAAUGUUCCAGUGAAGCCCACAACAGCUGGUCAAGAUGAAUCCGCCGUCGUCUUCAUCAGACACUCCAACAAUUGGAAAGAGAGAAGAGGCGAGAUCCGAGUCCUCUUCGGCUCAGCUGACGCUGUCCUCGCGACAUCUCCAGAACAGAGCGAAAGAUGUCAUGCACUCUUUCAAGUACUCGAGGCUAUUCAGCUCGGUUCGGCAGCCACUUGCGUCGGCCUCAAGCGAUUGCAUGUUCCUGAUGCUCGAACCCGCAAGUCUUGGAGCGAGUCCCGCCGUGGAUUUGAGCACUGGUGUGCCGAAGCAAAUGAUCCCCUGCAAUGGUUGCGAAAUGAGAAGGUCAAAAGUGGUACCAGCUGGGUUCGAAUAGCGUUGCUUGCGAAACUGCCGGGCUCGAGAUGCCGGGUAGGUUUUCGACCGAGUCCUGCCCCCUCGGGCGUUGGCGAAAAGGCCGGAAAUGGUCCAGGAAAGUAG